AUGAGGUCGAUAUACAGCAAAGCUAAAGGUGUUUUCAUAUCGUUAGGUGAGGCUGCAGAAGAUAGUCGCCUGGUACCCAGCUUGGCUGAGACUCUCGUCGCUUGGGAAGACGACAGUCAGGGCCCAAUUGAGCAAAUCAUAAAUCCGAGACGAAAGAAUGAGUUUUGCGCCUUACAAGCACUUUUAACACGCACGUACUGGACCCGAGUAUGGGUGGUUCAAGAAGUGAACUCGGCAAAAGAGGCUCAUAUCCUUUGCGGCGAGGAUCUCCUUCCUUGGGAAACAUUGCUCCGAGCUCAGAAUAUCGUCAAUUUGAAUCAAAGUGCUCUGUGGAAGCUAGUCAAAGACGAUCCUCGUCUGGCAAGUUUUACUUCCGACGUAUGGUACGAGGGCCCGAGGGGCCUUCUGUCCCAUAUUGGAAAUGAGGAACCCUCACUGUUCGAAGCGCUGAGGUGGCAUUGCACGAAAGAAUCGACACUACCAGAGGACAAGGUUUACGCAAUAUUGGGAAUCACGACUGCAAAGGAGGAUCCUGCCAUGGUGAUCGACUACAGUCGAGGGGUUGAGCAAUUAUACAUUGAUACUACCAAGUACAUCAUUCAAUCCACUAGAAGAUUGGAUGUCAUAUGUGGAAUGCAACGCCCUCAUCAUCUCAAGAGCGCCAUGGAACUUCCAAGCUGGGUCGUGAACUGGGUGGACGCAUAUACGAGCUGUCUGCUAGAUGGAUCUACCGGGGAGGUGGAAGCAACUGGAUCUCGGGAAGCAUCUUUUGAGUUCUCAAAGGACGGAAGAAUGGUGACAGUUGAAGGGAUUCAUCUUGGAACAAUCUCCUCGGUUGCAGAGUUUCCAGUCUCGGAAAAUGAAAAUAUCCCAGAAGAAAGAGAGCCGAGUUGUCUCGACAGAUUUUGUCUUUCUUCCUUGAUGCUUGGGAACCCUCAAGAGGCUACUAUUCCCGACCUCCUAAGACUCUGCAAGAGUUUCACUUGCAGCCGCAUCUUGAGAGAUGUCGAAAUCCUCGCCGAACUUAGUGACGCAGAUGCCACAAGAAUGAUACUCGCAGUAUUUGCAUAUCUAGCGAUCCAGGAAAACACCAUGAUUGUUGGUCCACCCAUGGCAGAUCUUGCUCAAGAAUUGACUGAAAGAUACUCCGAGCAGGAUCUAGACUCUUGGAGUGAAAUCAUCCUCAGCGAUCUUGAGACUAUUCUUCAUUCUCGUGAUUCUUUCAUCUGCAGCGACGGUUUGCUCGGAUCUGGCUUCGGUCAGAUCGAAGCAGGAUGCGAAGUCUUUGCCAUCCUUGGAUGUGCUGCUGCUGUCAUUCUUCUACCUACGGGAAUCAACAUAGAUGGAAUUGAAAGCUUCAAGGUGAUCGGUGAUUCCUAUCUCGAUGGAUACAUGCUCGGCGAGGCACUUGUCAAGCUUGAUCAGCAGAAACUUAAGUUGAAAAAGCUUGUUCUAGUGUAA